AUGGGUUUUCUGAGUCCGAGGGCGUCUUUGGGUAGCGGUGGCUGCAAAAUACCCGACCACCUUGCACAAUAUUCCACUGCACCAUUUGUGGGAAAUCUCUCAUUCUACCACUUCAACAUGAUCGUAUCCGGUGCCUGCACUGUGGUAGUAUUGAUUGUGAUGUUUUCGCUGAUGGCACGCCAUGCGACACACAUGAGCAACCCCAACGAACAGCUCAAAAUUAUGCGAAUUUGCAAUCUCAUCCCUUCCUACCAAGUCCUAUCCUACGUUUCAAUCGUUGUUCCCAACUCCUACAUCUACCUCAAAGGCUUCGGCGAGGUGAUGCAGGGCGUAGCUCUCUAUUCAUUCGUCAUGCUGCUUUGCGACUUUAUGGCCCCGACCGAUGAGGCUAAAGUGAAGCUCUUUUCUUCCCUUGAGAUAAGGAGACAAUGGCAACCAAAGAAGAAAAGAAACGGUCUUGCUUUCCUGAAAUUAACAUGGUAUUGCGUUGUUCAAUAUCCAGUCAUCACUUGGAUUGCCGCUGUCAGCCAAGUUGUGACCCAAGCACUCCACCUUUACUGCCUGCCAAGUACAUCUCCUAAAUUCGCUCACGUCUGGCUGGAAGUAGCUACCUCGUUGUCAACGUCAAUCGCAGUAAACGCCAUUCUACAAUUCUACAUGAGAACAAAGGAACACAUCAAAGAGCACCGGCCACUCCUUAAACUGGUGGCAUUCAAGCUAGCCGUUGGACUGGUUAUUUUGGAGCAGAUUAUUUUCCUCGUCCUUACAGCAACGGGCGUUCUAAACAAAAUGACGACGUUGACCUACAUCGACACAAUGAUGGGUCUCCCAACAAUGGUAAUCUGCAUACAAAUGGUACCAAUUUCCUUCUUUAUCCUAUACGCUUAUCCCAAAAAGCCCUACGAGAUUCCAUACAAGCCGCAUGUCCUCCGACCCCAGGCAUACCAUCCCCUCGGCGAUGGAGAUGAAGAGACCUUGAUGAACAACACUCAGAAGACCUACCAAGGUGGUCGCUGGGGACUACAUGCCUGGGCUGUUUACUUAAAUCCGAUUGACAUUUUCCAAGAAGUUUUGUCUGCUUAUAAGAUGAUCUCUCGCGCACGGGCCAUGCAGAAGGCUCAAGUGAAGGAGGAGAUCCAGGAGGAAAUGGCACAAUACGAGACGGGAUAUGAUAAUCACCAGGGGGCUUGA